AUGUGUGGCGACCAGGCCGGGAAGGGUGGGGAGAGUUGGGCACCCAGCCAUGGAAGCACUUGGGCCAUGCCGAAGCCACCCGGCCGAGAGUGGAUUGAUUCUGUCGAUGAUGACACUUUCGACACCUUGGCACGUCCCGCCCGGCCUUCACAAGCAAGUCCGCCGAGACCCUCUCGUCAUUCGCGACACUCGCGAAAGUCUAAUGACAGCCCCAAGUCGCAGCGUGUCAGCGAGAGGUCGCAGCCAGCAAGGGUACAGGCAGACACCUACCAGGACUGGAGACAGGCACAGGAAGAGGCAGCCCGUGCCAUUCGGGCGGUGGAGCCGUCCAAAAGGAAGAAGACGCGCUUCUACAGUCGGCUCCGGGUCUGCGUCGUCGUGUGCUUCGUGGCUGGCUACGUUGCCUUGGUCGCGGUCCUUGUCUCCGCCAUUCUCUCCGAAAGGGGUGAGCUGGAGACUGGCUCGGAAUGCGAGAAGCUUUGUCCUCUGAGCACCCGGUGCAGGAUGGAAGAGGGCGAAGCUCGUUGCGUGGCUUUGCCGGGGAGCAACCUGGAGACGAUGGAGCUGAUCCUGUGGAUUGUGGUGGGGCUACCCUCUUUGAUCUGCAUCCCCUGUCUUUUUCAGUGGCUGCUUCGCAGAUGUUGCCCCAAGUGCUGGGAGAAGAUGGUGAAGUCGCCGUGGGGCACGGCGGCCUACCAAGCCUAUCAGGCCGACACCGAAGCCUUGGGAGCGAUGCUCGGCAAGCCGCAACCUGUCGAGGCCGAGACCUCCGAGACCUCCGAGAACCCAGCACCGGGCGGCGCGGGCGGCGCGGGCGGCGAGGCCUCGCCGGCUCGGAGUUCCAAAGAGGGUGUGGGCCCCAGUCAGGGCGGCACUGCGGAGAGCGGCAUCGAAGACGGCUUGAAUGACCUCUUCGCACCGCUGGCAAAGAGCCGCCUGCCUAGAGCCUCUGCAGCGGAGGAGGAGCUGGACCUCCUCUUUGCCCGGAAGCCGAAGCAUAAGGAGCCGGAGGUUGUGCCUGUCAGGGUACCACCGAAACCUCCUUCCACAGACCUGGAGUCGGCCUUCAGCCAUCUCUUCCACAAGCGAGCGCUCCUGCCGAAGCCGCAGCCGCAGCCGCAGCCAAAGUCAGCUGCAGUCUCAACUCCGGGUUCCGCGCUGCACUCGGAUUUCUCGGCAGGGAUGAGCGUGCUCUUCGCCAACGUGCAGAGCUCCAAGGCUAGGCGGUCGUCUUGGGAAGCCGGGGACGAUCCGGAUCAGUUGCAGUCCACCGUCAUCGAGGCCUCCAGGGUGCACAGCGAAGCUCCUGCAGGUGGUGGAGACUUUCUUGACCAAGAUCUGGGGGACCCGCCAGAUUUCUUUGCUUUUGCUAAGCUUGUAGCAGGAUCUGUGGAUACCGCUAGAAGCCAUCUGCACGAUAGCGAUGCUGCGAGUGAUUCCGGCGACUCUCUCGGGCAUUUAGAGCCCAGUGACCUGUUGGAUUUGUUUCACCCGCCUCUUGACGGAUGGUGA